AUGGCUGGAUCGACUUCUUCGGCUGUGGAGAUGAUCUCCCAGCUGGAAGCGGCGCGUAAACUCGCCUUGUCAGACCCUCAAGUGUACAACCAGGUCCUCCCAGGGAUCCUGCCCAUCGUCGGUCCCACUGCGCAUGUCGAAGUUCGAAGAUGGGGCGCGGAUUUCCUGGCAGAGGCGUUCGCGAGCCCUUCCCUCCCAACUGCACAAAAAGAACAGCUCUCUUCAGACGUGUUACCCACCCUACGAGCCAUGUUGGAACCGCCGGGAGAAGAUCCUGCGGUGGUCAAGAGUGUGAUACAAGCAGCUGCUAGUCUAUACCCUCUGGUGUUCAGACGAGUAAUUUCGCAUCCCACAGAGACUGCGUUGUGGCAGGAAAUGAGUCGGAUGAAGUUGAACAUUCUGCAGCGUAUGGAUUCUGCUCCCAUCGCAGUCAGAGUUUGUUGCAUCAAAUUUGUGCAAAAGGUCGUCCAAGUAGAGACCCCUGGUUUGAUCUCAGACCCUCGACGUCCCGAGCAAAACGAGAUCUCCAUCGCCUUGGUCCCGCGAACACAUCCUCUCCUGCCACUCCCCAAUCUUGAAGCUGAGGCAUCCGGUCUGCUGGACAGACUAUUGAGUGUAUUCCAGGAAACCCCGAUGGAUCCUAUUCUUGUUGAUGCGACGCUGAACUGCCUGGCCGUUCUGAUCCGAACACGGCCCUCGAUUUCCACCAAGAUUGUCUCUGCAAUUCUCAACUUCAAUCCACUGAAACAGGCAAAUGGCCCAAUGACCCCGCGACUGAUGGUCAUUGCAAGAUCAAUGGAGAGAACAACGAGAGCCCUGUUACGAUGGGCUUUGAGAGCUGUCCCAAACCAUCCGCUGGAACAGAAGAUCCAGGCAUAUCUCAUGCGCCUUCAGCAGUCACGGUCUGCGUUGUUUGCAGAACCUACAGCCCAGAAACGACCAGCAGAACCUACCGACGGGCUGGAUGAUGCAAAGAGACAGAGAAUCGCCGCAGGAAUUCGCAAGUUUCCGCCGAUGCCUCCACCACCGAACACUUAUACCCACCUAUUCACACUCACCGAAGAUACCAGCCUUCAGCAAUUUGAUGUUACUCUGCUCCCCGCUGACAUCGUCAGUACUGUAACUGCGGUUUUCUUACAACACGUCGAUUCGAACUCUCUGGAUGGUGCCAUCGACGCAGUCCGAUCCAGAUACACUCACUUACAGAAAGUCAAUCAACCUACUCCUGUCCCGGAUGUUCCUAUGCUUGGCCCAACAGGGAUUGAUGAUGAGGAUGACUACGAUCCUGAAUUUGUUACUGGUACAGAGCCAAUCGUUGAAUCAACCACAGAGAGAGCUCUGGAGGAGCUCGCCCAGCCGGCCAUUGAUUUGGGCCCAUUCGAGCUACCUAAGCCCCCACCGCUGACUGGGCCAGAAGUGGCGACAUUAUCGGAUCAGACUGUUGGACAUGUCUUUCAACUCGUUGCUUCGCUCGAGGCCGCGGGCCACUCUCACACGAAGCAGCAGCUAGGUUUGAAUCGAAUAGCAGCCAGCGGUAACGACCGAGAUUCCUGGGCAACAAUUCUCAUGCGCUUGGCCACCAGAGCCCCGACCGGCCUCGAUGACGUGGCCAAUGCCCUGAACGAAGACGAUGCGGAUGGACUCGGGCAGCUCAUUAAAUCAGAAAACGCCGAAGAAAAACCCAAUGUCGCAAACCGCAUCCGCCAGACCUUAUUCAUGUACGUCCUGGAAGACUUCCGACCGCGCCUCAAUAUGGCCAUCUCCUGGUUGACGGAAGAGUGGUAUGCGGACAAAAUGACGGCAAAGACGCAUCCGGAGCUCCACAAUCUACCCAACUACACUCGAUGGGCGAAUCGCCUCAUGGAUCGCCUUCUCCCUUACCUCGACGCCCGAGACAAGAACCUCCUGAUCCGCUUCCUUUCUGAAAUCCCUACCAUCGAUCGCGAGAUUUUGAGUCGAGUCAAGACCUUGGCGAGAGAUCCCGAAAGGAUCAAUAUGUGUAUUCUUGCAAUGCAAUACCUCUUGUUGAUGCGGCCGCCGGUCAGAGACAUGGUCUUGGAUACGAUCGAAGUCAUCUGGAGAGAAGGAGAUGAUCAGGCUAGGGCGGCGACGAGUAAGGUGCUCGCGAAAUGGAGACCGGGCUUUUUGGAACAGGCUGUCAAGGAAGAGGAAGUUGACUCUAAGAUGAAUGUUAAACAGGAGACGGAGACGAAGACGAAUGGGGUUGCCGCGAGUCCUUCGCCUGAUACCGCUCCAGACGCAGCUGCUGUGGAUGCCGCCGAGGCCAUGAGCAUGGAUCCUAGAAAGAGAAAAGCCCUUGCAGCCGCAAAUGGGUGA